CCUUUUCCUCUCCCCUUUGAAAGAGAGAGAGAGAGAGAGAGAGAGAGAGAGCGCGGACAUCAUCAUCACCACCCCUGCAUGCAGACGCCUCCCUUCCUUUCACCCCCCUUUCUCCGCCUCCCCUAUUCCCUAGUAUACCUUAAACCCUCCCAUCGCCGCCACCAGAUCGCCGAUGAGCUCCGCGGCUGAGCUCUCGCGAGGUGUGAUGGGGUUUCUUGCAGGGCGGCGCAAGUGAUUGGUCAGAGAAGCAUCGGGAGACAUCAUCUUCAUGUAUCUCGACCUGCGAGCGCAGGCAUAGCUUUUCGUUCCUUUCAGUCUCGACGGGUUCGUGGGUUUGAUUGAUUGUGUUUGUGGUGAGGAGGAUUGGUGGUUGAUCCCGGUGGUGGGUGUGGAUUCGGAGGACACGCGGAUGGCGACGGUGAGGUGCAUGAACGUGGCGUGUGGGCUGACGGAUCCCGGGGGAGAGUGGAGGCGGGGGUGGGAGCUGAGAUCGGGUGGAUUCGCUACUCUAUGCGUCAAGUGCGGGAUGGCAUAUGAGCAGUCAGCUUUCUGUGACAUUUUUCACCAAAAAGAGUCUGGGUGGAGGGAAUGUUGUUCCUGUGGUAAGCGCUUACAUUGUGGAUGCAUUGCUUCAAAGUCUUUCUUUCAUCUACUUGAUACUGGAGGAGUUCAGUGUACUGGCUGCAUGAAGAACUUAGAAGUUCCUUCCAUUCCUAGUGAAGUAAUUCAAAGUUUUUUAUCUCAACACCAUCAAAGAGUAAAUGCUCCCUCACCUAAAAGUUCCAAAGAAAACGAUGCUGAUACAGCAGUAACAGGUCGUACAUGUGAAAUGUCAGCCACUACUUCUGAUAGUAAAAUUGAUGUUAGUAAAUUCGUCAAGGGAAAGGGCAUGCAAAAUGCAGAUCUAGAGCAGAGUGAGAGUGAAAUCAGAUCGUUUGGGCAUAUCAAGUGGGAACAACAUUCCCCUGAGGUAGGAAUUACAAGUUUGUCAAAUAGAUAUCCAGGUCCAGUUGGGUCCUCCCAAAUAUCUCUACGAGAUGAGAAGGAUUUUAUGACAGAUAAGUCUAUAUGUGAAUCAUUAGCCCAGUCAUGUCUUAGUAUGAGCUUGGUGCAUAGUAACCAAGGCAGCAACACAGAAACAUGUAAUACUGCUGGGAAACCAUUUCUUGCACUUCAUAUGGCUUGUUCAAUAGGUGAGGGAAAGGAUGAAAGGAAUACACUUUCUGCCCUUCAACAGAUGCAAAGGCCUCAAUGUAUUCUUGCAAAGCCUCUAAAGACAUGCGCUCGAUCUUUUUCAGAGGCAUCAAAGAAUGGACUUCCAUAUAUGCGAGUUGCUAGGCCACCCACUGAGGGUCGUAAUCAAUUACUUCCACGUUACUGGCCAAGAAUUACGGACCAAGAACUACAGCAAAUAUCUGGAGAUUCAAAUUCUACUAUAGUGCCACUAUUUGAAAAGGUUCUGAGUGCUAGUGAUGCAGGUCGUAUUGGUCGUUUAGUUCUCCCAAAAGCUUGUGCAGAGGCAUAUUUUCCUCGCAUUUCUCAACCAGAAGGUGUUCCAUUAACAAUUCAAGAUACAAAGGGAAAAGAUUGGCAUUUUCAGUUCAGAUUUUGGCCAAAUAACAACAGUAGAAUGUAUGUUUUAGAGGGUGUUACUCCUUGCAUACAGUCUCUUCAGUUGCAAGCUGGUGAUACAGUGACUUUUAGCCGGAUAGAUCCUGAAGGUAAACUCGUCAUGGGUUACCGGAAGGCAACGAACACUGUGCCACUACAGGACUCUCAGAUUUCUGCAAUUGCCAAUGGUACUUUUGGCAAUGAAACAUUGUUUACUGGUAUCAGCGAGAGCGUACCUGCAGUGAGCGGUUAUUCUGGACUUCUUCAGUCACUGAAGGGAGCAAUGGAUCCAUACUUGAGCUCUCAAUCAGAACAUCUGAACCUAUCUGAUGGAGAGAUCAGUUGGCACAAGGGAGGCACAUCAAAUGAGGGAAUGCAGUUGCAGGCUUUACAAAAGAGAACCCGGAAUAUUGGUGCCAAAUCCAGGAGGUUGCUUAUGAACACUGAUGAUGCCUUGGAGCUUAAGCUAACUUGGGAGGAGGCUCAAGAAUUGCUUCGUCCACCCCCAAGUGCCAAACCUAGCAUUGUCACGAUUGAGGAUUACGAGGUUGAAGAAUAUGAUGAACCCCCAAUUUUUGGCAAGAAAACCAUCUUUACAGCCCGACCAUCGGGAGAACAAGAUCAAUGGGUUCAAUGUGACGAUUGCUAUAAAUGGCGUCGGCUUCCUGUGGAUGUUCUUCUUCUUUCGAAAUGGAGUUGUGCUGAUAACACAUGGGACCCUAAAAGGUCUUCAUGCUCUGCACCUGAUGAAUUGAGCCAGCAAGAAAUGCAACUACUUCUCAGGCAGUAUGAAGAUCUCAGAAGGCAGAGGACAAGUGCAUGUUUCAAGCAAGAUUCUUCAGAGAUAGCAGCAUCAAGUCUUGAUGCCUUGGCUGCUGCUGCAGCACUUGGAGAUGUGGGAAACCAAACCACAACUCCAUAUGCAACUACCACUAAACAUCCACGACAUCGCCCAGGUUGCACUUGCAUUGUCUGCAUCCAGCCACCCAGUGGAAAAGGUCCAAAACAUGAUCCCACAUGCACGUGUAAUGUUUGCAUGACCGUGAAACGCCGCUUCAAAACUCUCAUGAUGCGGAAGAGGAAACGCCAGUCCGAGCGUGAGGAAUCUGAGGUCCAUAAGAAGGUUCCAUGGGGAAGCAAGGAAGAGGUCGAAGGAACGAGCAGCUCCUCAAAGGGUGCUCACCAUCUGGAUCCGCAUCAGGAGAAUGAAUUCAGCCCUGUAAGUAGCAGGACAAUCAUGGAAAAUGUUGAGGUGAGCCAGGGGCAGAUAGACCUCAACUGCCACCCAAUGUCUCAUGAUUCACAGGCAUUAAAUCCCAGAAACAGCAUGAUGAGCCUUCUCCAGGAUGCAUACCGGCCCUUGGAGACAUAUCUUAAGCAAAACGGACUUACAAGCUUGGCUAGUCAACAAAGUAAACAGGGGAGUCCUAGUUCGCUAACUGUUCCCCAGGCCCCUGGAGAAAGCGAAGGAAAAGUCCCAGAUGAAAGCCAUUUUGCCUCUGCAUCGAAGGAGCAAGAAGGCGGCGAUGACGAAGGAGAUGUUGGCACAGACAUGGCUACCAGUGAUGCUUCUUGAAUACGUCCUGUGGUGACCGAAGAAGGUUUGAAGAGACAAAGAGAAACACAAUAUCGUUAUUUUGGUUUGUGAACUCAUGCCUUCCAAGUGUAGCCUUGUUUCUCUUUUCCGUGCCUCUCUCUACUUUUUUAUGAGAAUGCUGAGCAGUUUAUAUCAGGAUGUUGAAGUGUCCAUCACAAUUCAUGGCGCACAAGGUUCGGUUUGUUCUUCCUCCUCCGAACUUAAGAUUGUAUCUUAUGUAUUUGGUACACUUAUUCUCCGUUGUGUUCCAUAUUGGGUUUCCUUGGCAUGAAUACCCUUAGAUCAAUGUACUAUUUUUGUAUCCUCCAAUGUAGUAUAACCCUCUUGGAUUA